UACUUGUUUCACUAAUUAUCUCGCAACUUAAUUUUUAAUUACUUUUUAAUAUUACCAUAUUGAACGAUUUACGGCAAAUUUUGUUUUUCUAUUUACGAAAAUAUUUCUUCGGAUUCUGUUACUUCCGCCCAGAAUCUACCAAAAUCAUUUCCAGCCAAGAACUUUCUCUCGUCUGAAUCGAAUUUAUCCAAGAAAUUAUAAAGCUACAAGGAAAAAAUCAAAGCUGAAACUGGCAUCAACAUUUUUGUUUAUCAUACAACAGAAGCAUCAACAAUAUUUAACAUCUUUUAAAGACAAAAAAUGUUAUACUGAACAAAUCUGACCAUUUUCACAUAAAUUUAAUGAAUUAUGGUUGAAAGAUUUCCCCUGGGUAAGAUUAUUAGCAACAGUUGUGUGUGUCAUUCCCUGGAAUGAGUACAAUACAAUUCUGCAUUGAAAAUAUAUGAAGAUCGAUUUAUGAAGCACUUUGCAUCCAGAUGAUGGACUUGUAGCAGAAGGAAUGUUUGUUAGAAAUAAAUUAUAGAAAGGAAAACAGCAAACAUAAUAUAUUGUGGUGAGAGAAGGAAGAAUUAUUAUUCAAUGAGUUAACUGUUAUUUUUUGGUUCUAAAAAGAUGGCAAAAAGCUUAGCAAAGUCUUCUUACGAAUGUGAUGUCUGUAAAAAGUCAUUAACUUCAAGAAGUAAUUUAACUGCUCAUAUCCGUAUUCAUACAGGAGAGAAACCAUUUCACUGUGAUUUCUGCGGAAAAAGGUUUACUAGAAAAGGUGAGUUGCCUGUUCAUGUACGGGUUCAUACGGGAGAGAAACCAUAUCAGUGUGAUAUCUGUGGACAAUCAUUCACUCGUAAAGAUAUUUUAACUACACACAGACGUAUUCACACAGGAGAGAAACCAUAUCAGUGUGAUAUGUGUAGUAAAUCAUUCGCUAAAAGUACCAACUUAACUGAUCACAAACGCAUUCAUACUGGAGAAAAACCAUAUCAUUGUGAUAUCUGCGGUAAAUCAUUCAAUCAAAAUAAUCAGUUAAUUAAACACAUACGAAUUCAUACAGGAGAAAAACCCUAUCACUGUGAUAUCUGUGACAAAUCUUUCUCUCGAAAUGAUGAGUUAACUACACACAAACUUAGUCAUACAGGUGAGAAACCUUACAGGUGUGAUAUCUGUGGUAAAUCAUUCCCUGUAAAUAAUGCCUUGACUGUACACAAACGUAUUCAUACCGGAGAAAAACGAUUUAUUUGUGAUAUUUGUGGUAAAGCUUUUCUUAAAAGUCGUGAUUUAGAGGAUCAUAAAAGCAUUCAUACUGGAGGAAAACUAUAUCGUUGUGAUAUUUGUGGUAAAGCAUUUACACAUAGGCCUGCUGUAAAUGUACAUAAACGCAUUCAUACAAGAGAAAAACCGUAUCAUUGUGAUAUCUGUGGUACAUCCUUCUCUCAGCGUACUGCUGUAACUGUCCAUAAACGUGUUCAUACUGGAGAAAAGCCAUAUCACUGUGAUAUCUGUGGUAAAUCAUUUAUUCAGAGUAACGAUUUAAAGGGACAUAUACGUAUUCAUACUGGAGAAAAACCAUAUCAGUGUGAUAUCUGUGGUAAAUCUUUCUCUCAAAGUACUGCUGUAACUGUACAUAAACGUGUUCAUACCAGAGAAACACCAUAUCAUUGUGAUAUCUGUGGUAAAUCAUUCUCUUACAGUAACCUAUUAACUAAGCACAAAUGUAUUCAUAUGGCAGAAAAUUCAUAUCGGUGUAAUGUCUGUGGUGAGUCCUUCUCUCAACAGGAUGAUUUAGCCAAUCAUGUCUGUGUUAUUCCAUGAGAGAAAGAAUUUCCUUGUGGCGGGUAAGAGACUGAGAAAUCUCUCAACUGUAAGCAUUCAUACCUAUGUCUGAUACUAAGUAAGAAGGAACAAACAAUUCAUAAAAUAUAGUAUUUCAUUAAUCUAUACUAUAAGACAAGUAUAUCAUGUGCUCAUCUGGAUUGUGGGUACACUUUCUCUGUAUGUUGUGUAUAUUCUUUCAGGUGUACUAUCUUGAUUAUUGGUUUAUCCUUAUUGUAUUUUAUCAAGAGACCAAUUCUGUUGUUGGUAAUGUCUGUAAUUUAAACUAUGGCAUGGUUCCUUCAGGUGUUUAUGGUGAAAACUAAUGUUAAUUUGUCAUUGUCGUUUUAAACUUUGCAUAAAAACGAAAUUGGUGGAGCAAUUUUUUUGAAUUAUCAUCAUCAGUGAUUUUUCUAUGUCCAUUGACGAUGCUGGAAUGUGUUGGACCACAUCAUCGUCAUCGUCAUUUCUGGAUGAUGAUUUUUAUCUCAAGCAUUUUCUCAUUUCAAGUGUGAAUUCCAGAGUUCUCACUGCAACAGUCUCUUUGUAUUUUCAUAUUAAUUUGAACUCUAAAUAAAAAUGGUUUACUCUGAAAU